AUGAGCGUCAGUGCUCGGUCGACCAGCAGGCGCGUCGACGCGGGCUCCACGCGCUCUUACAAAAUGGCGCGGCCUCUCAUUUACACACAUUUUCUAACGUUUAUGGCUAUUACGUCUGCACAGGAUUAUUACCAUACGCCAAGGAUCGGAUCACAGGACUUAGCAACUUGUUACAAUAUCGACGGACAGCCGCAAAGGUGUAUACCAGAAUUUGAAAAUGCAGCGUUUAUGGUGCAAAUGGAAGCCACCAACACGUGUGGCGACAACGGUCCCAGGAUGUAUUGCAUACAGACAUCUGCCGGCAGUUCCGCCGGGACGAGGUCCUGUGACUACUGCCAAGCUGGUCAAUUUUCGAGUUAUUUUCUAACGGAUUUGCAUUACGAGCAAGAUAACCAAACAUGGUGGCAGUCCGAAACUAUGAAGGAAGGCAUUCAAUACCCAAAUCAAGUGAACUUAACAUUACAUUUAGGGAAAGCGUAUGAUAUAACAUACAUUAGGAUUGUAUUUUACUCACCGAGACCACAAAGCUUCGCGAUAUACAAGAAGAAAAGUGAAGACUCCGAUUGGGAACCUUAUCAGUAUUACAGGUAUAGAUGA